CAAUGACUAUGACCGGCACAUAGCGUUAUAAAUAAAUAGAAAUGAUAAGAUUGCGUUCCCACACCAAGCGCGAUUGUGAUAUGGCUGGACUUGCCCUAGCUCUACUGACCCUGCUACCUCUGUGCUUUGGGGCACCUUUUGAUCCCUAUGCAAUCAACCAGAACUUUGGCAGUGGGGGGUUUGGAGGAGAUGGGUUCGGAGGAGGGGGGUUCGGAGUGAGCGCGUCAGCUUCUCACUCGAACUUUGACCCCAACGCACUUAACCAUGGAUUUGGCGGAGGCGGAUUUGGCGACGGAUUCAGUACACCUGCCAUUGACAUGGGAACAUUCGAUCCUAAUGGAUUUUCGACUCCAUCCUUUGAUCCCAAUUCACUCAACGGAUUCAACUCCGGUGGAUUUGAUCCUAAUGCAUUUGGAAAGAAAUAAAUUAUUUAUUUAUGUA